CUUCCCCGCCGCUGCGGUGCGGCGCCUCCGGCCGGGGGAAGGGCGAGGGAGCGGGCAGGUCCCGCCGUCACCGGGCUGCCCUCUCGCGGCGCCCUGUCCCUGCCCGGAGGGCGCGAGGGCGGUGCCUGGGGGCGCGCGUGCGCAGCGCCCCGCGCGGGGGGCGCGCGGACCCUCAGGGGAGGCCGGGCCGAGCCCAGCCCGGCCCCAGGGAACCGAGCUCCGCUCACGGUUAAAUUGAAAUUGCUCCACCUGGGACAGACUGGGAAGAUCGUCUUGCUGGUCUCUACCGAGUGCUCGGUUUAUUUCUGGUGUUUCUCAAGAAGGCUGAUGCUAGGCAGUUGGGCUAGAUGGAAAUGCGUUUAAGUGGAUCACGGAGGGAUCUGAUUUAAGCUGCUGAGCUGGAGUGAAAGUUUGGUUCUGUAGUGAUGAGGGAUGAGCUGAGGAAAGGGAACCUUUCCCCUCUCAGCAGCAGGUGGUUGUCUUAGACUUAAAAUUUCCGGGACAGCUUUUGGCUGUUUCUUAGAGGAACAGUGCCCUCCUAUUUGAUAAUGCUUCGAUUUUUGCUUACAACGUGCUUUUUCACUCUGGGUGGAUUGAAGGUUAGGGCUUGGGUUAGGGUUAAAGCGUAGCUUUGGUGUUGUUAACACUUCACCCAGAAAAAAGACUCACACUUUUUUUUUUUUUUCUUUGAAUUCUGAGCUCUAACUUAAUUAAUACCUUUUCUUUCAUUUCUCGUGGCAGCUUUGAAGCCUCUCAUCACCUUAAACAGUACCAAGUUAGAUGUUCAAGUUGCUACAUGUAAUUGUUAAAUGCUCAAGAUUUUGCUGAGUUUAGAUGUCACAUCUACCUGCAGUGUCUUAGAGUGUGAACUUUUACUAAAAUGUCUUUCUUUGCUUUUGUACAGUCCCUAACACAAGGGGAGCCUAAUCUUCUUGUUCAGUUUUUCGUAAUUAUUGUGUCUGCUUAUCUCUUCAUCUUUUACUUCUUUCUGAAGAGUUUGUCUCUACCGUUUUCCUCCUUCCUACUGUUAAAUGUGGAAUUACUUGAUGUAGCUCUCAUUUGCUUAUCAUACUCAUUAACUUAUGACCCCUAGGUAGGAGGCUUAUGGAAUAUCUUUCCUUUUUGCUAGCAGCUACCUUAAAGUCUGAAGUCCUCCUCAAACAAGUUUUGCCAGCUCUUACAAACCACUCAUUUGACCUCAUUCCUAUUUCAGCUGUUCUUUCAAGGCAGCUGUGUUUGAUCUUCUUGCCCAGCAUUCCAGCAGGAUGGGCAGAAAGUGCUGGCCUUUUCCAUGUGCUCUGAGGAGAUAGAUACACUGCCUUUAUUCCAUGAUGUCUGGCAUAUACUGAAUUUUGUCUUUGCCUUGGACAAAGCUACUUCUAUAAAAAAUACUGAGUGUUUCCUGAAUUCUCUUUUUGCUUGGGCUCUUUUAAAUCAUUACACUUCCUUUCAGUCUUAUGAGGAAUAGAUGGGACUACCCACGGGAGGCCUGAUAACACAGUCCCCUUUUACUCUCUGAAGACAGGUGCUGUUCUUUGGGUUUGGGUGGCUCUUCUUCAUGCGAAAGCUCUUCAAGGAUUAUGAGGUGCGACAGUAUGUGGUCCAGGUGAUCUUCUCUGUGACUUUUGCGUUCUCUUGUACCAUGUUUGAGCUCAUCAUCUUUGAGAUUUUGGGAGUGCUGAACAGCAGCUCUCGAUAUUUUCAUUGGAAGCUGAACCUGUGUGUUAUUUUGCUCAUCCUAAUCUUCAUGGUGCCCUUCUACAUUGGUUACUUUGUUGUGAGCAAUAUCAGAUUAUUGCACAGACAGAAACUACUUUUUGCGUGUGUUGUGUGGUUGACAUUCAUGUAUUUCUUCUGGAAGUUGGGGGAUCCGUUUCCUAUCCUCAGCCCAAAACAUGGAAUCCUGUCUAUAGAACAGCUCAUCAGCCGUGUUGGUGUGAUUGGGGUGACACUCAUGGCUUUGCUGUCAGGAUUUGGGGCUGUCAACUGUCCAUACACUUACAUGUCCUACUUUCUCAGGAAUGUGACAGAUGCAGAUAUUCUGGCUCUGGAGCGACGACUCCUUCAGACUAUGGACAUGAUUGUUAGCAAGAAAAAAAGGAUAGCAGUGGCUCACAGGACAAUGUUCCAGAGAGGAGAAGUGCAUAACAGACCCACUGGCUUCUGGGGAAUGAUAAAAAGUGUUACAACAUCUGUUCCUGGCAGUGAAAAUCUGUCCCUUAUCCAGCAAGAAGUGGAUGCCCUGGAAGAACUGAGUCGGCAGCUUUUCCUGGAAACUGCUGACUUGCAUGCAACAAAGGAGAGAAUAGAGUAUUCCAAAACUUUCCAGGGAAAAUACUUUAACUUUUUGGGUUAUUUUUUCUCCAUCUAUUGCGUCUGGAAAAUCUUCAUGGCAACCAUCAAUAUUGUAUUUGACCGUGUGGGGAAGACUGAUCCAGUCACAAGAGGAAUUGAGAUUACUGUAAAUUACCUGGGAAUCCAGUUUGAUGUCAAAUUCUGGUCUCAGCACAUUUCCUUUAUUCUUGUUGGAAUAAUCAUUGUUACCUCUAUUAGAGGGUUGUUAAUCACACUUACGAAGUUCUUCUAUGCUAUUUCCAGCAGCAAGUCCUCCAAUGUUAUUGUUCUGCUGUUAGCACAGAUAAUGGGAAUGUACUUUGUGUCAUCCGUGCUGCUGAUCCGCAUGAGCAUGCCUCCGGAAUACCGCACCAUUAUUACAGAGGUCCUGGGAGAGCUCCAGUUCAACUUCUAUCACCGUUGGUUUGAUGUGAUAUUCCUAGUUAGUGCCCUGUCCAGUAUCCUCUUUCUCUAUUUAGCACACAAACAAGCCCCAGAAAAGCAUAUGGCCCUCUGAGGCAGAACUGCAGCCAUGCACUGCUCUCUGUCCUGUCAGCUGCACUGCUGCAGCUCCUGUGGAUUGCAGAACUUGGAGAGACAGGACUGCUCUGUGUGUUCUGGCUCCUUGAACCUCCACAUGUGUCAUCAUCAAGCUCUGUGGCUCGUUUUGUUCAGUGCCACAGCUGGAAGGGAUGGGGGUGUGUGUAUUAAACUUGAAACAGUUAAUUGCCAGGCAAUAAGAGCAAUGCUGGAUACACCACUCUCCAGGGGCAUCAGAGCUUGUGUGGUAGGCUGGCUGAGGGAAGCCCUCCUACUGUUGGAACAUCAUCUUCACAGAAGGCACCAAGAAAUGUGAUUUUUCUUUUGAAAAUCAACUUAUAAUUGGGAUUUGGAGCACAGCAAUUCUGGAAUGGAAUGUUUGAGUCUGUGGAAUUAAAUAAGCUUUUAUAAUA